CGAGCAGUAGGAGGUCGCGCAGGCCAGGGAUGUGGAGGCUGGCUCUGCGCCUCACCCCAGGGCGGGGCGAGGGAGUGAAAGCACGUGUGUUUGUGUCUGAGUCUCUACAGUGGGGAGAGAGGCUGAGUUUAAGGCUUUGGGGGGCAUCACCAUUUAAGGAGAGGAAAAGGCACAAGAAAGGGAAGUGUCAGAGACCAGGAGGAUGGCGAGACUGCACACUGGGAUCCUCAGAGGAGGGAGGAGUGGUGGGCGAUCUCCCACGCUGCAGAGACGCCCAGUAGGAUGCCAGCUGAAGUGGUCCGACGCUGCAGAGCUGAUCAGAUCGCGAGCCCGGGAACAGGUCAUUGCCUGGAUGAGCAUAAAGGGCCGAGCAGCCACUGAGCAGAGAGGACGAGGCACAAGGCCAGGGCCAGGUUUCUCCUUGACACAGCACUGCUUUGCUCCUCCGGUGCUGAAAAUCAGAAGGUUGCAAUUAGAAAUCCUGUGUUCUGUCAACAUUCUCCAGUUCAUAUUCAUUGCCUUAAGACUGGACAAGAUCAUCCACUGGCCGUGGCUUGUCGUGUGUGUCCCCCUGUGGAUUCUCAUGUCUUUUCUGUGCCUGGUGGUCCUCUACUACAUCGUGUGGUCCGUCCUGUUCCUGCGCUCCAUGGAUGUGAUCGCGGAGCAGCGGAGGACACACAUCACCAUGGCGCUGAGCUGGAUGACCAUCGUCGUGCCACUCCUUACCUUUGAGAUCCUGCUGGUUCACAAGCUAGACGGCCACAACGCGUUCUCUUGUAUCCCGAUAUUUGUCCCCCUUUGGCUUUCCUUGAUCACUCUGAUGGCAACCACAUUCGGACAGAAAGGCGGAAACCACUGGUGGUUUGGGAUUCGCAAGGAUUUCUGUCAGUUUCUGCUUGAAAUCUGCCCAUUUUUGAGAGAAUAUGGAAACAUUUCCUACGACCUCCACCAUGAAGGUAAUGAGGAAACUGAAGAAACGCCAGUUCCAGAACCUCCUAAGAUCGCUCCUAUGUUUCGAAAGAAGACCAGGGUGGUUAUCACCCAGAGCCCUGGAAAGUAUGUCCUCCCACCUCCCAAAUUAAAUAUCGAAAUGCCAGAUUAGACAGCCCCUCCCAGGGCAGAUCGUGAGUGGACCUGGCCCGCACUCUCUUCCGCCUUCCUCUGCCUCUCUGUUCACCUCCGCCACCCCCAGAACUGGAGCUGGAGCUGGAGCUGGGUCUCCGGGGACUUCCGUCUCAUGCCUUGUUUGCACUCAAUGCCUACCAAUGACUCACCGCGACAGGACACGCAGGUGACAGGUGCCUGGAACACGCAGCAUGGUGUGGGGUGCGUGUCAGCGGCCGUGGAUCUGAUGGAGGGAGCCUGUGGAGAGGGCAGAAGUGACUUCCCCCGGGCAGGAGCCUGCGGAGCUGGCUUGGAGCCGUCCUGGAUGGCUGAUGAGGCCUGAGCAGGAAUAGCUACACAGCUGGUUUUCAAAGUGUGAAAAUUCCCAUCAAAAGUGUUACUGAAAAAUGUAUUUUUGAACCAGGCCAGCCUGGCCGCGUAGCUCAGAUGCCCCUGUUGUGGCACAGUUAGGGGACUUGUGAAUAGGCCUCGGGCCCCGUGUGCACCCAUGCCGCCUCAGCUGGCCAUGCUCCUGCCGUGGACGUCGUUUCUCUCGGUUUUUACCAGCCCCACUGGUGAGCCCUUUCUAAUGGAGUGACUCCGUGCCUGUAUAGUAUUUAUACAAAUAUUUUAGCAUUGUAAUAUACCGUGUUAAAUCCUAGUUCUGUACAGUAUAUUCUGUUAAAGUAUUUUUUUACAAGCUUGUACUGAAAACAUACGUGUUCUGUUGCAGAAGUAGAGGCCAGUGGCACCCCUGUCCUGCCCGUUGGGGUGCAACCCCUUCAUGGGACAUUGCCGUUUCCCCUUCAAUUUCUCCACACACGUAGUAGCUGCUCCUGCCAGAACGGCCACAAUAAGCAAGAAACUGUUGGUGCUUUUCUCUGACAUGCUGGGAAUACUGACUUGCAGAAAGCCAUAAAGCGCGACUGGAAACUGGAACACUGGAGAAGGGUGCCGAGACUAGAAGUGGCCAGCAGAGUGUGUGCGUUGAGGUCUGCGGCUUUUGUCUGCCCCCAAGCUGGGCCCAUGCUUUUAGCUAGGAGGACCACGGCUCCAGGAGCUGGGGGUACAGCCACGAGGCAGACGGAAGAAAGCAGAUGCGAUGGGAACAAGCAGGCCGUGAGUAAAAGAAGGUAAAAGGAGCCCUGGCAUUGUCACCUGGGCGCAGGGGAGAGGGGGAGAGGGGGCAGCUGCUACCUUGUCUAAACCGGGCUCCACUGACAUCCACUGCGCCCACCGCUCCGCCCUGGCGCCAGCCUGUAGGAAGCCUGUGCUGACUGAAGGGGGACACUUGGAAUGGUGCCACCUUUCCUGCUUGAUGUAUAGCAAAUGUAGCCCAAUCCACUCUUUUCUCCCCCUUUAGCUGUUCAAUAAACCGGCUCAUCAUUUUC